CGACAGUGACCUUGACGGCUAUUUACAUUUCGAAGCUGAAUUGUGCUUCUUACAUGGACACUAGGAUUGUCUGCAGAGGAGUUUUGGCUUUACCAUCGUCACGAAUGCGAUUACCGCGUAGCAAUUACUUCCUACGUCAAAAAUGUAUCAUUUUUCGUCAAAAGUGUAAAUUGACGGAGAACAGUCCCAUUCGUGUACGUUUCGCUCCAAGUCCUACAGGUUUUAUGCAUUUAGGCGGUUUACGUACUGCCUUAUUCAACAAGUUGUUUGCUGUGAAACAUUCGGGGAAAUUCAUACUACGUAUUGAAGAUACGGAUAAGUCCAGAGUUCAACCAUAUGCUAAGGACGAUAUUAUCGAGUCGCUUCACUGGUCUGGACUAACUCCUGACGAAAGUCCAACCACUGGUGGAAAUUAUGGUUCGUACAUUCAAUCGGAAAGAAGACCCCUGUAUUCAUCUAUUGCUCAAAAGUUAAUUGAUGAAGGAUUUGCUUAUCGAUGCUUCUGCUCUUCAGAACGACUAGCUAUCUUACGCAAGGAACAAAGUCGUCGUAGGGAACCUCACCGUUAUGAUAAUCGUUGCCGUAAUUUAUCUCAAAGGGAAAUCGACGAAAACUUAUCAGCUUCUCGGCCAUAUGUUAUUCGGUUCAAGAUUGAUAAUUCACCAAUAGAAGUAAAUGACAUCGUUUAUGGAAGUUCUGUCUUCAAUUCACUCAAUUCUGAAGGAGAUUUUAUCAUUGUGAAAUCCGAUGGUAUGCCUGUUUACCAUUUGGCCAACGUAAUUGAUGAUCAUUAUAUGGAAAUCAGUCAUGUUAUUAGAGGAUUUGAAUGGUUUACUUCCACGCCUAAGCAUUUGAUGCUAUACAAAGCUUUAAGUUGGUCACCUCCACAGUUUGCACAUCUCCCUCUGUUACUUUCCAGUUCAGGUGGUAAACUGUCUAAACGUAGUCCAGAAUUCUCUCUUAUCGGUAGUGUUCACAGUUUGCGUAAGGCUGGUUAUAUGCCGUCUGCCGUAUUGAAUUGGUUGACAUCCACCGGAGGUGGUGUCUGUCAUGAUGAUUCUAACGAAAAUGGCGACUUUUCGAAUAAGUGGAGGCCUGAAUUUGAAUUCUCAGAAUUAGUUUCACGAUUCAACUUAAGUAAUAUCAGUCGUCAUAACGCUCAUUUAUCAACAGAUUUAUUAAAAAUAUGCGGCCAAUUUCAUUUUGAUAAAGCUGUAAACAAUGCAUUGGAUUAUUGUAUAAUGCAUCAAAAGCAAAGUAAUCAGACCACUUAUAAAACUCCACAAAUACUAGAAACAAUUAAAGAAUAUCUGCAGUCAAAUGUAGAAAACCUAUCUAUUGGUAAAAGGUAAGACGCGCAGUAUUGUAAUGUCGUAAUUGUAUUUUAGCUCAAGUGAUUUCAUUAAACUUUCGUUUUAUUAACCAUGUCAUUUUGGCUAUAUUUUCGAUAGGCAAAAAUAGGAGAAAUGUUGUCACUUUGUGCUUUCACUUAAAACUUGGGGUACUGUCCAAAUUCAUAUGUUCUGACAGAGCCCUAUUAUCCAGUAUAUUUUUGUAUUGUUUAUAUUCUUAAUCGAGCGUUCUUGGACCUACUAUAACAUUGUCAUUCUAGUGAAAUUCAGAAGCCUUAUAGUUAUCACUAAACUUUACUAAGUUUCAAUAACUUUCUUAUGUUUAGCAGUUCCACCAUACUAUUAUUGUAGUCUAUUAGGGCGGUUAAUUGUAAAGCGAGGCGACUGCUGGAUCCUAGUCUCAAUAGGGUAGUAAACAUACCGUAUAGUUAUCAGAAAUGUAAAGCACAAACCUAGACUCCAUCACUAGCCAUUAUCAAAACAUUUCUGCCUUAUGUCCAGAUAGCAACCACGACCACCUUAUAUUAGCUAUCUCAUCUACGCACGUAAGGGAUGCAUAUAAUUAAAAGUUACUAUUUCUCAUACAACUUACAGUAUUUACUAGUCUUCAACAAGAUUUAUUUUUUACUGUUUACAGUUCUAAAAUAUAUUUGGAAAUAUGCUAACCAAUAGAAAUUACGCCUACAGAUUUGAAAUUCAAUUAAUGAGUGGAAGUCAUCUAAGACAAGAUGAAUAAAAUGAAAAAUCAAGCUUAAUAUAUUGUUAUAAAUAACCCAAUGCUCAAUUUAUUCGAAAUUAUCAAAUCAAACCUUGGUAAUGACACCUACUUAAUAUAUUGUUAGUGGCUUCUAAGAUAAACGUGUACAUUAGUCACAAAUAGAAAGCAGAAAUUCAAUGGAUUGUGAAAGGCGUUUGAAUCAUAGAAAUACCACAUGGAUGUAGGGUGAUAUCAAUGAAACUAGAGUCAGUUGUGUACAUUCAUCAUCUGGUAGCGAUAACGCUUAAUUGUACUAUUCUCAAUGGCUUUAAACAGACGAAUACUAGACUUGAGAAUACUUAGAAACCAUUAUAGACUUGAAAGCGCGGUGUAAAGUAUGGUAUACUCACCUACUAAUUUUCGCACAUUUUAAAUAUAAUUUUUUAAGCAAUUUCACGCGUGAAUAAGUAUUGUUCCUUGCUACUGUACAGACUACUAUUUUUGCUUUAAUAUUUAUAUUUGUAGUCAAUCUGCUCAAAAUGAUUUGCAUGUGUUGAAACGAUUGCAUCUCUUGAAAUGUCGUGUUCACUGUUUAGAUGACUUAGUCGACCCCGAUAAUGGUUUCUUAUUUAUGUGGAAGUCUCCAGAUUUAGCUACUUGUGAAGGUGUUAUCAAUAAAAUUUCUAUCAAAAUACCUUUACAAGACAUACUCAGAUUGUUUGGAUGCUUCGUUGAAGAAAUGAAUCAUAUUCUUGAGAAAGAACAAGUGAAUGAUAGCGCAGAUUUAAACUCCGAUGUGAUAACAACUUCCCUUCAGAGUGUCUGCGAACGUUCAGGAGUUGGACGUAAGACUGUAUUGCACCUAAUCAGAUUAGGCCUUAUAGGAUUCGAGACAAAAUAACGAAAAAUACCAAAUCUGUCGUCACUCUACAAAUGAACGUAAAUAAAACUAGAUCCAGUUUUACCUGGUUGAAACGUUUAUUUUGUGGAAUCGUAUAGUUUUGCUCAAUGUCAAGGACGAAAUUACCAUGGGAAGCCGUAUUUAUUUUGUUUCAAUUACCUGGUAGCAUCAUUCUAGUAACCUAGCAUCCAACAAUCCUCAUAUUGAGCAUAAUUCUAAGAAAACUUCAUAUAAAUACUCAAUUGAUCGGUAUUUAUUAGAUUAAACUAUAAUAUGAAUACAAAAACUAACAGUCCAGUGCAAAUUCAGUGGAUACAUUAGUCGAUUGUAAGUUAUCCCUUUUUUUGUAUUAGGAUCCUCAGUUAAUUAAGAUUAAUAUUGAUAGUUCGAUUCGUUGGAGUGAAUUUUCUGUGGAAACACACACAAAGAAUGAGAAACAUAAAAUCAUACCUUAUGCUGACACCAGCUUUAUUAAAUAAAUAUUUAGCUGCUUGAUUAGAUUCUGUUCCAUUCUUCUUAUCCGAAUAAUACACUACUUCUUUAAUUCCAG